AUGAACAUGAGAAAGAAAGUUUUAUUAGCAAUUACGCUGAUGAAUUUAAUUCAUUACAACUUCUCGGAUGAUUUUAUUCAGCAUAGAAACAACAACAACCACACAGAGAAAGUUUUAUCUCGGCGCAAACGUUAUUUGAUAUUUCCGGAGGGUUCAAGUUUUUCAGUUGCUACGUGCAUGACAGUUGGUGUCUACGGUAAUCCACAAUUCUCUAUUAUAAGUUGGGGAUUGAAUUGGGGAUUUUCUUACAAUCUUCCUUCAAAUAGCUCUUAUUUUAAAACUGAAAAUGGUGAUAGAGAUAAACGAUCAUUUGAAACAAAGCCAAUGGCUCAACGUCGUCAUCGAAGGAGUCUCUUUAACCGUUUGGAAGUUAUCAUGCAAGAAAUGGGAUACAACGGACGAGACUGCAUUUUACGUGCUUUAUGUGAGUCACCCAAAGUUUUUGGUAAAAGUGGAUCAAAUCUUGUAGCAGAACUUAUAAGGAUAAUUUUCACAUUCCCCAAGUCAAAAGUUCUUCCAUUUGAACAUGAAGAUUUGAUGGUAUAUGAUAAAGCACAUCGAAGCGGAAAAGCUGGAAAAACAGAAUGUCAGACGGCUUAUCCAAAAUGUGGAUUUUCCUUGAUCCAAUUAGCAUUAGGAAAAUAUUCAUCACCACAAAUUAAUUAU